CUUGCCUUGUGGGGAUGAUGCCACGGCUCCUCUUCCUCCACACGCUAACAGGAAUGAUAGCAUCACUCCACCUGCCCCUCUUUCCGAGGUUGUUGAUACCCCUCCAAUUUCUCCAAUCGCCGACAGGGAGAAUAUCAGCCCACCUGUCACUCCCCCCGAAGAUGAUUGCGACAGUCCAACCACCAGCAAUACGAUUGAUGUCAUCACUCCAACUGUUCCUCUUGCUGAAGUUGCUGGCACUCCUUCAUUGCUGUCAGCCAAUGACAGCGAUGUCAGGCUACCUGUCACUCUUUCGGAAGUUGAUGAUAGCAAUCCCAGCCCUUAUAGGGAUGAUGGAAUCGUCUCACCUUCACUUCCAGCUGAGCCUGAUGAUACCGUGUUUCCUCCCCAAACCACUGACAGAGACGAUGGUAUCACCUCACCUGCCCUUGUUGACGUUGAUGAUGCCUCCCCAAAUGGUUCUACCAUCAACAGGGAUAAUAACGACUCUUCCGUCCCACCCGCCGAGUCUGGUGACACCACUCUGCUUCCCCAAACCACCAACAGAGUUGAUUGUAUUCCAUUUACUAUCCCUUCUACCGAAGAUGUUGAUGCCAUACUACCUCCGCAACACACGGACAAUGAUGAUGGUAUUCCCUCUCCUAUUCCCAGCUGAAGAAGACAAUGCAAGUUCUCAAGUUCCCCCUAUCAACAAUGAAAAUGAUGGCAUCAACUCGUCAAUUACUGUGACUGAGGCCGACGAUCAGCUUCCCCCUUCCCAUUCUGGGAACCUUGGAUUCCCCUCUCCUGUCCCUCCUGCUGAAGUAGACAAUGCCACUCAACUUGCCACUCCUACUAGAGAUCAAGAAAUGCUCUCUCCGGAGCAUUCCCCUGACGAUGAUACUGAUCCUUGUACCCCAUCUGCACGAAUCAGCCAGAAUGGGAGUGCAACCCCUCCUGUUCCUCCACUUGCCUCAUCCACCACCAGGGUUGAUGAGAUCAAUUCUACUUCUCCACCAACUCCACCUGUGGCUGAUGACGCUGGCGCUCUUCACCGUUCUGCUGGAGAUGAAGUUGCCAUCUCUCAAGUAGCUUCACCUGAGAGCUCUGACACCUCUAUUCCACAGUCUUCAGGUGAAGGCCGCAUUUUCACCUCUCCUAAUACAGAUGAAAGUGCUACUGUGACUCCUCCUAGUUCAAGUGACAAUCACAUUGACAACCAACAGGUUGCCCCAAGGCCAGAGUCUACACUUCGUGCAGAAAUCAUGGAGAGAGUACGAGCUAUGAUGGCCCAAUCACCGGGCAACGGGGUAUCGGAUGCAUCAGAGCCGCUGUGGAUGCAGGCAAUGAGAGCCGCCCAGCAGACAUCCCCUGAGGCACAUCUGCAGGCUCGCCAACGGUCCCCCUCCCCAAUUGUUCCUUCUACCUCUGCUAAUCCAGCGAUCCAUCCAUGCUCUCCACGUCGAACUCGUCGCACCACUUCUCCUCAAAGUGCAGGUGGUCAACCUUCAGAGCAAGAGUCAAGCUUGACACUGAAACAAGAAAUAAUGCAGAGGAUCCAUGCCAUGAUGGCCCAACAACAAGCUGUUAGUAAUGGUGGGAACCAGCCAAUGUGGAUGCAAGAGAUGAUGAGACAAGCGGGACAGCAACCUGCAAGGUCACGGACGCCAAAUCCACCAUCAACUCCUGCCAUCAGUCUCACCCCCAUGUCGACGUCAACACACCCACUAACACCGUGUAGACCAACGUCACCUAUUCCACCGAUCCUCUUGCCAAAUCAACCACCCGUGGUGAUGUCUUUAGUGCAGCCACUUCAUCCAACUCUCCCAACACCUCCACUUACGCCACCUACCUCAAUCCCAGCUAUCCAACUGACAGCAAGUACUACAGCAUGUCCACCUGCACCAACCCUCCCAUCAAAUCCACCAGGUGUGCCCAUGCCUGUGGCCCUGGCAACUCCAUCAGUCUUGCCACCGAGUCUGCCUCUUCCCACACUACCACUGACACCAUCUCCAUCCUCCCCAGACAUCCAACAAAUGACAGGUGCCGUGGCGUGUCCACUUCACCCGACCCUGCCAUCAAAUCAACAUGCUGUUCCUCUUCUUGUCAGAACGACUGCUCUAGUGAAUCCAUCAGUGGUAGUGCCGCCAUCAACAUCGCUCACACCUGUACUGACACCUCCACAGACGCCACAUCAAUCAGUACCUACUAUUCCUCCACCAACAGCAGCUGCACCUUGUCCACCUUCCCCGUCAAGACUAGCUGCAGCUGCACCCUCUCCUCCAGUUCCUCCGGCAGUUCAGUCAGCAUCACCAGUCCCAGUCACACCGCUUGCCACUCCUAAAAAGAGACGACGUGCAACCAUUCAAAGUCCACCAGUUAUUGGCAAGAAGCAAAGGGAAGGGACCUCACCUCCAGUACAGACUCAGCCAACACAGCCCACUGUACCAUGUUUCCCUGCCCCUUUGCCAUCUGAGUCAUCUUUCAUCCCGAUACAAAAAUACGAUGACUUGGAGGAUGUAACUAACCAAGGACAGGCUGUCUGCCUUGGGACUGGAGCAUUUGGUGACAUCCUAUUAAAGAGAAGGAAGUCAGAUGCAUCCUUGGUGGCAGUCAAGCAGCUUCGGAAUGUGCAAGACCCAAAUGAAGCAUACAGCAAAAUGAUCAAAGAGAUCAGAUGCAUGAUGGCCGUGCAACAUCACCGUGAAUUCCCUAAGGUCUGGGGAAUCAUUGACCAGACAACUUUCGCCAUUGAGUUUAUCGGCGACGGAACUAACUUCACAUCUACUGAUCUCUAUUUCUUUCUGGUCAACCCUCCUUCUGGCUUGACCACAGUGGACUACAUCAACAUAUGCCUGGACAUAUCAAGAGGACUGCUUGCCCUGCAUGAGGCUGGAUGGUCCCACAACGACCUUCAUAACGGCAAUGUCAUGAUUUGGCGCGAUCCAAGCAGGUCCAACAACUGGGCUGCCAAAAUCAUCGACCUGGGACUCACCACGAGGAUUGACCUACCACCACCAACAUUUAUGUUUGAUUCACCCAAAAAGGCGUGGUGUUAUCAAAACUGCCCACACAUGGCCCCAGAGAUCGUAGAAGGUGUAUGCCAGCAAGGAGUUAAAGGAGAUAUAUACAGUUUAGGUGACUUAUUCCACAUAAUAGCAGACAACAAGGCUGAGCUNAACUUCUAUAUGGGACAUUGGUGAACGCUGCAAAGCUAGAAUGCCACAUGACCGUCCUACCGUGGAGUCAGUUAUUAGGGAUAUUGAAAGGCUGCUUGCAGCAAGAAGUGGUGCAGCACCAUAAGCAGAGUUAAUCUAAUUCUAUGGUUUCAAAAUAAAAUCUAAUAAAUGAACAAAAAAUGAAAUAAACAGGUACAAUCCUUACUCUCUAAAAAAAACCAGUUUAGCUUACUGAUGUGUGUUCAGCAGCUGUUUAAACUGUAAGUUCAUAUGGUUUUUCAAAGUCAUGAGUAUUACUGAUGGCCGCUUAGUUCCUGAUUACUCUGUUACAGACAAUUGCUAUAAAAUUAUUCAGUCAUGAAUGAUUGCCUGUAAUUGCCUUCAAUAUCCCUCGGUGUAUCGGGUAAGGUUGAAAGAGAAUUUUGCAAUGUUUUUAUUGUUUGACAAACUGUCUAAAACAAAAAGUUUUGAAUCUUCUCUGCCGUUUAUCUAUGACUUUCAUCAUGAAUCAGUUCAACACAAGUCAGAAUUCAUGAUUCGAUCGCAAUUCAAUUUCAGUUGGAGUCUGCCAAAUCAGGGUUACACUCCAUAAAAUUUUACUGGUGUCCAUAUUUACAAAUAUGAUCAGAAAUGUAACUUCUUUUCUUUGAUAGGUGUACAACUAACAUUGUGUAUAGAACACAUAUAAACCCUCUCAUUCGAGGGAUUCAUUGUAACUUUUUUCCCCUUUGUAUGCAUAUACUGUGAAAC